GUAGAACAGAGAAAAUUAUUUACAUUUAUUACGUGACAGCAGGGUGUUCGUCGACUGACGGUGUUACAAAUUCAGCCAUCAUCGCUUUCAUAUAUACGAUCGAAUAUGCCUCGAAAUGUCUUGCAAACGUUGACAAUCGUCGCUUUAGUUUCUGCUACAUUUUUUGUGGCUCAUAAUUUUGUGAGGUAUAUUUUCAGAGUUGAUGGAGGCUUCUCACAGUGGACUGAGUUUUCAGAGUGUACAAGGUCCUGUGGCACUGGAACAAGGUUCCGCACACGGACAUGCGACAAUCCUGCUCCGAGGUUGGGUGGUCAUGACUGCACAGUCCAUGGAGAGGAUUCACAAACAUUUAAGUGUAACAUGAACCCAUGCCCAGUUGACGGUGGCUAUGGUCCUUGGUCAACGUUUGGUGAAUGUUCAGUGACUUGUGGAAAUGGUGUGCAGAAACGAGAGCGAAGCUGUGAUAGUCCAGCACCCAUGUUUGAUGGGUUAAGCUGUGACAAGUUAGAACUUGGAUCAAGCAUUGAAACAAAGGAGUGUAGAAAGGACAUGUGUCCUGUUAAUGGAGGGUAUGGUCCAUGGGGAAAGUUUGGUGAAUGCACAGUGACUUGUGGGGGUGGGGUGCGUCAGAAGGAACGCCCCUGUAAUAAUCCUGAGCCAAAAUACUUAGGGAAAACAUGUGAAGAGCAGGAACUGGGACCAAGCAUUGAAACAGAGGCCUGUAAUGGAGACCCUUGCCCAGUUAAUGGGGGGUAUGGCCCAUGGGGAGAGUUUGGUGAAUGCACAGUGACUUGUGGGGGUGGGGUGCGUCAGAGAGAACGGCAAUGUAACAAACCUGAGCCAAAGUACUCAGGGAAGACAUGUGAAGAGCAGGAACUGGGACCGAGCAUUCAAACAGAGUCUUGUAAUGAAGAACAACCUUGUUCAGUUGAUGGUGGGUACACAGAGUGGAGUGAAUUCAGUGAAUGUACUGUGACAUGUGGAGGAGGUGUUCGUGAGAGGACCCGAGAGUGCACCAACCCUGCGCCAGAAAACAAUGGUAAAAACUGCGAGGAGCUAGGCCCAGCAAAGGAAUCAGAGAUCUGUAACACUGAAGCUUGCCCUAACACACUUCCACAGGAUCAAGGCAAAGACAGUAAAGAAGACGGCAAUAAAGAACAAGCGAAUAAGGAAAAAGAAAAACGGGAAGAAAAAGAAAAAGGCAAUGAAGAAGAAGAUGGAAAUGAAAGUGAAAAGAAUGAGAAAAAACGAGGAAACAACUAGGAACACGAAGGCGAAAAAGGACAAUAAAGUGCAAUAAAUGAAAAGUGCCCUUAAUAUUACAGGACAAUAGAGAGGUUUUCACUUUGAGUUUCAAAAUGUAGUUGGUUUUGCAUGAGAGCGGUUUUCAAUAGGCCCUUUGCACGAUCCAGUCACAUGGUACAAAAUCUCACAUACUGG